AUGAGUGAAGUGAGUCACUCUAACACACAGUAUCUGAGUAAGGAUAAAUCAAAGAGAGCAUUAUUAAAUUCAAUGGCCGAAGCUGGCGGAGAAUACGAGUACAGCACACUUGAUCAGCAAUCACUUCCCGAAUUUGGAUCCAAUUCUGAUGUUUCUAAUCGCAUAGAUCAGUCCGAUAGUAUGGCAAACGAAUAUUCUGAUAAUGCUAACGGAUUAUACGACGAUAAUUCUUACAACGCGGGCGAUUCCACGUCCCAAGUGGGAUUGACUGAACAGGGAUCAUGGCAAUCAUCGGGCUAUGUUUCCAUGUCCGAAGAGGCGCUCAGGCAAAACGGAGACGUUGGGGACCACCAGGACCCUAGACUGAUGAAUAUGCACUCACAAGACAGUCUAGGCUAUGUCCAGCCAUUCGACAUGUCAUCGGGCAUGGUGGGAGGUUACGUUCCUGACGGAGGUCACAAUCUACUUCACCAGAAAAUGCUUGAGGUCGGCCAGCAGGAAGUUCUCCCCGCGCACGGACUUCAGAUGGCAAUGGAGACGAAUGUCAUCCCAGACCCCCCAAGGAGGAUGCUUUCUAAAGGGAGGAAAAACAAGGAUGAGGCAAAUGAACUGGUCAGAAGAGCAAAGUUACUCCCUAAGGUUAUGGGAGUUAGAUACGACGCAAACCAUCAGUACUGGGUGGCCACGUGGUACCAGAACAGGAAGAGAAUGGACAGAUACUUUUCUGUCGGACGAUUUGGGUUUGAAGAAGCACGACUGCUAGCGAUUGACUGUAGGAAAACAGCGGGGAAAAGUUUACAAGGCAAAAGUUACGACCGACCUUCCUACUCCAAGGAGGGAAAGUCUCGCUCGUACGACUCGGCGGACAAACACGGAGACUACUACGGAUCCGACGACAUGAACAAAAAGAGCAAGGACUUCAACCGGCUCAACGUAUCCAAAGUUGCACUUAACUACAUUCUGUCCGACCUUUGCAACAACUGUCUGCCCACGAUUCUGGAGAACAACCAUAUGCCAGGGGAGCUGUACAUUCACUGCUACAACAAGAUAUCUGACCACCUGCAGAUGAUUAUCACCGCAAGCCAGUCCGAGGAGAUUGAAAAAUACCUCCAUUUGUUCCAGCUUUGCAUUCAGAACAGGGUGCUUCCCAGCGCUCUUCAAGUUCAGGAGCAGCGUGCCAUGAUAACAACACUUUGCCAAAUGUAA